CCUGCCCCCCGCCGGAAGUGACGUGUUCACAGAACCCCUCAUCAGCGUUUCGCUUCCAAGCUUUCAGAAUCAUACGCGUUCGUUUUAAACGUGAAUUAAACUCUUAGACGCGGAAGAAAUGGCGCAUCUAACGACGAACCCGGCGGAUAAAGAGCGGUUUCUGUGCAUCUAUCCGUCAUACAUCAACAGUAAAAAGACGAAAGCAGAAGGCAGAAGAAUAUCUGCAGAGAAGGCUGUGGAGAACCCGUCGUGUGCUGAGAUCCGGGACGUUCUCUCGGCUGCGGGACUCAAUGUUCUGGUGGAGAACAAGAUGUAUCCGCGCGAAUGGAACCGAGACGUUCAGUUCAGAGGAAGAGUGAGGAUCCAGCUGAAGCUCGAGGACGGAAACUUGUGCCAAGAGAAGUUUGCAUCUAGGAAGGAUGUGAUGUUUUACGUGGCGGAGAUGAUCCCGAAACUGAAGAGCAGAACGCAGAAGAGCGGCGGAGCCGAGGCCGGAUCACAGACGGGAGAAGGAGGCAAGAAAGGGAAGAAGAAGAAGAAGUAGAUGACCUGAUCCUCAAGCAGCUCUUUUUUUUUAUUAUUAUUAUUUCAUCUUUUUGCUUGGCGUCUGUGUGUUUUGAUCAUGAACUCUGGCUCUCGGUGACGCUCGUUUGUUAAUUACCGAUGAUGGAGUGUGUUUAAAGGGAGGCCCGCGUCCUUCAUCGCACCUGUGUUCGGGAGAGAGAGCGUGUGAAAUAACUGAAGUGUCUCGCUGGGGUCCGUGUGUUAGUUCAGGGCCGGAUUGGCCCCGCGACUGUCGCCAAAAUUCUUCAGAUGUUUGGUCCGGAGCUCGAGUCUGGUGAGCCACUCGUCACGCAGCCUGAAACCACAGCCACAGAGACUUCAUUACUUCAUUACUUGAUCGCUGCAUGCUCCGUUCAGCCCAGACACAAACACAGCAUUGAUUUAAGGAGAGCUGCAAAACUAGUCAACCAAUACAUUCAAAAUAAAACUCUCUGUUUACAUUC